GAAAGUUGUGUCUGACCGGCGAAAAUAUCCGAAUACAUUUGAAACGUCGUCCGCUAACAUUCUGUCCGACCUCGAGUGCUAUGGAGGAAUUUGUUGAUUAUUCCUCGACUGUGUGUGUGUAACCAGUGGAAUUUUCCGUCUGAUUUGUGCUACGGGGCGUGCACUGUGAGAGUAAAAAAAUAUGUGGAUUGUGUGGUGCUGAAAAAUGAAGAGCGGAGAUGGCUCAACUCAUUCACACCAAGAAUCCGCCUUCGCAAUCAACACCUUGCACCCAAACGGGCGGUCAGCAACAACAGAGCCAUCACCUCCAGCCCGCAGCGCAAGCGGCCCAGUUGUUGCUCAAGGCUCCCGCAGUGGCUCGCUCUUUCUUCUGCCCGGCUGUCGUUACCGCUGCCACAGUGACCACUGCGUCCACCGCCUUGGCCAAGCCGGAGAACGCCAAGUCAAACAAAGACAUAGAAGAGGGCCGUCCUUCGCUACCUGAAAGUCUGGAGACCAUCCCGAAAGCAGACUACUUCCCCACACAGCGCCACCGUUGGAAUACCAAUGAGGAAAUCGCAGCGAUACUGAUCAGCUUCGACAGACACGAAGAAUGGCUCUCCCGAGAAGUCAAAAUCCGGCCGAAGAGCGGUUCAAUGCUGCUGUACAGUCGCAAGCGUGUUCGCUACCGGCGAGACGGCUACUGUUGGAAAAAGCGGAAGGACGGCAAGACGACGCGAGAGGACCACAUGAAGCUCAAAGUCCAGGGGACCGAGUGUAUCUACGGCUGUUAUGUGCAUUCUGCGAUCCUACCAACGUUCCACCGACGCUGUUAUUGGCUACUACAGAAUCCGGACAUAGUACUGGUGCAUUAUUUGAACGUCCCGUACAGUGACGACAACAAGAUGGUAAUCGCCCCGAGCUUGAGCUACUGCGCUGACAAGAAAGAGUGGACGAAAGAGGAGCUCGUCUCCCAACUCAAGCCUAUGUUUUAUAGUGAAAAUGAGCCAGACCUCAACAAUGAGCUUGAGAUUUCGACGGCCGAGACAGUAGAAGCUAUCGUGCAGCAGCUUAUGGAAAAGCAACGGGCCAAAAACACAGCACGCACCCACGAGUGCCCCUGCGACUCCACCACAAAGGCCACCCCUUCUCCGGCAUCCUCAACAGCCACCACCUCAUCCAACUCACCCACAUCAUCCUCAACAUCAACCAUUGCCGAGGCACCCACCACAUCCACAACCUCCUCGACCUCAACGAAAAAAUGUGCCCAUACCCUCCAUCGCAUCAUCUCACCCAAGACCCGAGGAGGCGCCGUCACGUCCACCUCUGUCGCGACGCAGCCUUCCUCGCUGGUCGCUCAACAGAAACUGGAAGGACGAACUGGUGUCAUCCUCGCCGCCACUACACCGGUCAGGUCACUGGAUGGACGCGAAGCCGGGGCAUCGACGACGACCGCCGCGACAACGUCGUUCAUCCUCAACCUGUCUCAGCUCCAAGGAGGUGGUGGACUUCUCAUCCUCAACAGCGCUGCUGCAGCUACGGGCUUGACAUCUGCUUCAGUUACGCCGGUCACUCUGCUCUGUGGAGGCCAGGAGACAACGGUGGUGACGGAGUCGGCGACGACCUCGGCCGCGGUGACGACGUCGACGACCGUCUUGACGACGUCGGCAUCGACGACUCCGCCGUGUUCGGUGUCGUCGUCGAAUUCCACGACUGUCGUUGAGACUGUUCAAGCGACGGAGAUGAAAGUAGAGGACACGACGGUUAGUGAGAGUAGGCAGGGUGGAAACAUGGAGAGUACAUUGUGCAACGAUGACGUCGAUUUCGGCCCAACGCCUACGUCAGAGAGCGCCGCGACUAAAGACCCUGACUUGAGUAGUAUACUAGGCGAGGAAAAAGAGCACACGGGAAUUGGGCUUUUCGACGACUCGCUCGACCUGUCGCACGAUGGCAUACAAAAAACUCUCUCGGCUAAUCUCAUCCAGAGGAGAAGACCGUCUUCAGAUUCGUCCUCAGGCGGUGUUCUAGUUAAAAGUGAGCCUAGCGUCGGUUGUAUUGAAACGGAUCCUGUAGAUUUGAACCCCAUGGACUUCAUCGACAAUGAUAUCUCUACGCCAGAUGAAGAAGUUUUUAAUCUGGACACUUUUGAUAUGUUGACCGAUUUGCCGAAUUGGGAUGACUUCAACUCGGACCUCACGGCUACGUCGGCGCUGACGUCAUCGUCCACGUCGAUAGGGCUGGGCUCUUCGUUGCAGACGACUGUGACUGCAGCUCACAAGGCUCCGAGUACGCAGUCCCAUUAUGGCAUGACAUAUCGAGAAGGCACAGCGAACAUCACGGAUUAUUCGCCCGAUUGGUCUUAUACAGAGGGUGGCGUGAAGGUACUGAUAACAGGCCCGUGGUACUCAUCAUCGUCUCCAUAUACAAUACUGUUUGAUGGAGUCAGUGUCCCCACUACACUGGUGCAAAGUGGCGUCCUGCGUUGCUUCUGCCCUGCUCACGAAGCAGGUCUGGUGACACUCCAAGUGGCAUGUGAGGGGUUUGUCAUCUCCAACUCGGUCAUAUUCGAGUACCGGGAACAACCCCCCGUGGCCAGUCAAAAGACAAAAGAUUGGUUCGGAGUGGAAGAGAGUGCGUUGAAGUUCUCGCUCCUGGAGAGGUUAGAGAUGAUUGAGGCCAGAUUGAUGUUUGGUGGGAAGGGUUCAAGUGGCGGUCUCUUUCCAGGGAUCUUGGUGCAGGGAUUUGUGGACAAACAGCGACCGUUUGAGGAACGUCUGGUGUCUCUGUGCCAAGAGCUGCAGGAAGGCACAUGGGUGGCCCGAGGAGACGCAUCGCCCGUGAAGGCGGUCUCGCAUCCGGACCUCACUCUGCUUCACUUGGCAGCUGCCCUGGGUUUUGCCCGUCUUGCCUGCGCACUCCUACGGUGGCGUCACGAUAAUUCCUCUUUGACGCUCGAAGCCGAAGUGGACGCUCUGCGGAGAGAUCGGAACGACUGCACGCCAUUGCACUGGGCAUGUGGCAGGGGUCACCGUGAAGUUGCACUGCUGUUGCACCAGUGGAACAGCUCUGCUCUCAAGUUGGUGAAUGCAGAGGGUCAGUCGCCCACCCAAGUGGCCCACAGUGAAGGACAUUCCUGUUUGGCCGAGGAGAUUGAACAGGCUGCCAGGAAGCACCAGCAGUCACAGCAGACUGUCAGCACUGCCAGUUUGCCCAGCACUGCCUCGCAACAGCAUUGUGGAGAUAUGAGACGCAAACUAAGCCUCAGUCUCCCCCUCAGCAGCUCCGCGAACAACUACUGCGUCCCGUCAGGAAGCAUCCGCAGCGUGAGAGUGGUGGCACGACUGGCAAAGCGCGCAUCUGUAGACAGCGGUGCUGCUGGAAUCGCGGAUGCCGAGUCGUCGAAGCGCUCCUCAGUGGACAGUGGUGUUGGGGACACGCCGGAGAGGCUCUCCGCAUCAUUGCCAGCCUCAGUGUUGGCAGCUCGGCUCUCGUCUGGGAAGGUGGAUGGCGGCGAUGCAGCCACCGAGAAUGCAGAUACACAAGGCAACAGUGAAAGCCCCUUCAUUGAUGUUGUUGGUGUGUCUGACGAAGAAGUAGAAAUGCAGAAUCCUGUACCUACCACAGGACAAAGCUCGUCCCGUCGCGAGGUGCACACCUGCGAGCUAGGCUCAUCGGAAGCCCCGGACAGCCGAGUGCUAACAUUGGCCGAGCAGAUCAUCGCUGCACUGCCCGAUCGCAUCAAGGCCCCCCAUGUGCGAGGGACGGAAGUGAGGGAGGACGCCAUGGAAGCGGAAGGACUCCUUCACCUGCUCUCCUCAGACAACGGGGGCAACGCGGGGGUCCUCGGAGCCCUCGUGGACGACGCUCCUCAGCAGUUGCUCAGCAAUGAGUUCAGCUUUGAGUUUAGUGAUCAUAAUUAUAGGUACUGUGAAGCCGGUACCCCUUCCUCUUCUCCCAGCCCAGCCUCGUCAUCCUGCCUGCAGAGCCCCGGCAGCUUUACCUUAGAAUCUCCGUCACCCCCACCCACGACAGCAGACUUCUGCGAGUUCUUUAAGGCAUCAGGAAAAAUCAUGGAGCAGGACUUCUCCAAUCUUACUCUCUCGGAUAAAGAGCAGCGUGAGCUAUACGAAGCAGCCAAGAUAAUCCAAAAGGCGUACCGUUCCUACAAGGGUCGCAAGCGCCAGGAAGAGCAGGAAAAGGAGAAGGCCGCUGCCAUUCUUAUACAGAGCUAUUACCGCAGGUACAAGCAGUAUAUGUACUACAAGCAGAUAACGAGGGCUGCGGCUGAGUCAAUGCAACAGGGCUCCUUCCACGGGUGGUGCAGCGACCAGCACAAAAGGUUCAAGAAGAGCCCAGACGGAGAAGAUGGAAUGGCCUGCUCGGCCGCAGCUGCAGCUUUCUUCCGCAGUUAUUCGGACGAAAAGCGCUCUCUUUCCAGCAGGGAGGGUACACCAACCUCCUCUGCCUUUAAUUCGAUUAUCUCUCUUAGGCGUACCUAUUCCCAGCGGCGUCAGCACCAGGCCGCUAGGAAGAUUCAGCAGUUCAUGAGGCAGUCCAAGAAUAACAGCAUGUGGGAGUUUAUACAUGGAAAAGUGAUUGCAGAAAGAGCGUGCCUUAGCUGCCGAAAGAGAGAAGCCGGAAACGGUCGUCCCACAGCACCUGCCCCCAAAAUCCCAGGAACAGCCUUCUAGUGCCAAGUAAGGCAGCACCACAAAAGCGCAAGUGGCAGGAGAGGAAAGAAAAUGCCACCAACCAUUCACGUCAUGCAGUACCUUCCUCCCGAAACCCUCAACUCCCCUUCAUUCCAUUUGUUUCUUCUUCGAAGAAGGCAGCCUGGAUCCCGUCCUUCCACACGGGCCUACGUGCGUUGGCGUCCUGGCUGCCACCUUUGUCUGACUCUCUUCUUCUUCUUCUACGUCUUCUUCCCCAGGGCACGGUUCAAACAGGACAGACACCUCACAGCGUGCGGUUUGCCGUCACCUCUCAAAUUCGCAUUAUGAUGGCUGCUCGCUACAAUAUUCUCCAGGUCUUUUUUUUUUUCACAUUGGUGUCAGUCAUGAUGUGCACGAACGUGCGUGGAGUUUGAUGAGCGUUCUGGACGCAAGAUUACAUGCCCGUCUUUCUCUAAUAACGGGGGUAUGAUGUCACGUGAUGAAAAACGUUGCUCGUCAAGUCAGCAAUCAGUCGAUCGCUGGAUCGAUGGAAGGGUCAAAUGACAAGUCGAGGCAUGGCUUCAGUCAGACAAAUCUUACAACAAAGAAUGCUGGCCUUAUUCGGCGUUGAAAUUGCGCGUGCAAGGCACCGGUAGUUUACCAAUAUCUGAGUCACACUAGAAAAAUUGGUCCCGUUUUCUGGCUGGUUUUGCCAAUGUGUAGUUGAUAUGAGAUGAAGCUGCUGUUGAGAUAUGAGUGACUCGUAUUCAUGGUUGCAUACUUGUUUCAACAUUCUCCUUCAGAAAUUUCUGCGCAUUCGACAUUUUUCGAGACCGCGGAAUUGUCUUUUUUCGUUUAUUCGUACGUAUUUAUGGCACAUCAGAACGUGCCACUGAGCCACCUUCUACGAAUGCCUCUUGAGUGUACAUGUCUCCAGCAUGUCUCCAGCAUGUAAAAACGACAAGGUUACAAGGCAUCUCCAAUGUGGUAAGACACGCUAAUAUGUAGCACGUUAAUGGCACGUUAAUGGCACGUUUCGUCCGACGGACAUCUCUCGGACAUUAAUUUCAGUCGUCGUACCACGCUGUACCUAGGUGUCCGUCAUUGUUAACAGCCGAACCCAGGGUAUCUUUCUGCAACAUUUACCCCCCAGUUCCAACAUUUCCCCCAUUGGAGGGGCAACGUUCGCUCCCCUUCCUCUGUCGCUCUCUCUUUCACAAAGGAAAAAAAAGGUACAAAUCUUUGUAAAUCCACGCAGUGUCGUCGUCCUCCUCCGCGCUCCUGCAGCCGGCGCUGCUUUUAACAAAAUGCCGAGCUGCAGCUCAUGUGAGUGUUACCACAAUUAUUUCUAUUUUGGCCCGCAAGCGUCUGCUGUUGUUCGUCUUGUUACAUUUGGAGGUGUGUUACCUUGAAUGGGUGUUAUUCAUGGAAAGCCUCACGUUGUUGCACUGUUUAACCUUGUAGAGGGCUGUUGCCACCCCCACCCCUUUCUCGCUUUCCCUUCUUUGCUCAGAAGGCACAAAGCAAUCGAUGCAAUAUUGCGAGUCAGGAAAGGUCAUUUGUGAGUAAUGUUUAAGCGUCUUUGCUUUGGCUCCUAAAUUUCUUUGCGCUUUUAAUAUUCUCGUACUUUGCCAGCACACCUUGAGAUUUGUUUCGAGCACUUUUUUUUUUGUGAGCGUAGCUCCCGCAGAGACAACCCGAAAAAAAAUGUGGCUCAAGUUUUGGUUCGCAAUUUCCUGUUGCAACUGCGUUGGCUCUUUGGAUAGAACAGGUAGCGUUUGAACUUUUUCGGGCAAAAUUCUUCUUCCUUUCCUGUAUGUUUCUAUUUGGAACCACCUGAGGUCAGUGACCUGACUAGAGGUCAAUUUUACCUAAAUUUCUAUCCUAAUCCAGUAAAGCCCAGAAACAGUAUUUUCCAAGUUCCAAAAAUUAAGGUGCAGGAAACAGUGCUAGAGGACAAAAUACUCUAUUUACUUGCAUAAUUAAUGCAUUCUCAACUUGAAUGCCCAAAUGUUGGGGCUCUUUCCAUCGGAUAUUGGACUCAAAUAAUUCGGAAGAUAAUGAUGGUGGCGUCGCGUGUUUAGGUGAAAAAGCGCAUUAAUUAUGCGUGUGAAUAUAGCGUUAGUCAGUAAUCACAGAUUUAAUGAAAGGUUAGACUUUUUUUUUUACCCCCUUAAUUAGAUGACAAGUGUAAACCCCCUUCAAUCUUACAGCGUACGUGUCACAUGACCUUUUUCUCCAAUUCAGGAUGGUGGCCAGAAAAAAUAUUUCGGGAGGGGUUCUAUGGGGACUUUACAUGGGGGAGGAGGAUUUCCCUCUUCCCAAGCAGCACAGUAUCAUGGCCCAAUGUUGGCACAAUAUCGGUCCAAUAUUGGGUCAGUAUUGCCAAUAUUGAGCCAAGAUGUUGUGCUACUUGGGAAGUUUCCCUCUCCCAAAUGCACUAUCAACGGUGCAAUUUUGGGGGAGGGGGCGGUUGCCCCCCCUAAAGCACCACCUGGCUUUGCCCCCUCUGCAAUUGCAUAUUUUAACCUCCUUUUUGUGCUUUCCUCGAGCAUGUAUGUAGAAAAAUGGUGAAUAAGAAGCAUAUGUGCAUUGCGACCUUCAGAAUUCACAUGGCUCGGUGUAUUGCAACUGCCUUGAUGUGUGACGGGCACUGAACGCUCACACUUUUGCAUUUUCCUCUCUUUUUUUUUUUCUUCGUUUCUCUGUCGCUUUGUUCUGUACGAGCAGUUCAUUGUGGUAGGGGGCGCUGCUGCUGUUGAACGUGUGAUGCAACUCAUAAUGUCAUGCUGUUGUUAUUACCACUGCCAUCGACUGUAAAUAUUCUGAUGCUUAUCUGCUGUAGCCCACAUGCUCACUAACAACGAGACAGCAUUGCUGGAAGUCGACCAGCACGUAGAAUCAUCGUCCUCUUGCACGGCUCAAUGUCUUUACGCUAAGCCAUCGCAGAUUGUUUGUACAACAUUGACAAGGUCUACGAAAUAUUUUUUAUAAAUGUUAGGCCUACCUUGUGUUGCAGAUGUGUAUCUUAUCUGUCAGUACUAUCGUAUUACUGCCUCACAAUUUCCAUGUGUAGUUCAAAACUUCAAAUACCAUUGGUACAUGUGUAAAGGCCGUGGUCCUUUUUUUCUCCCACAAGGUUUAAGGUGAUGCAGCCAUUACAUGGGGAAAAUGCAAAAAAGAAAUUGUCGUGUUUCUUUUUUUUUUUUUUGGUUCUUUUGUUAACCAGAGUUAAUCACACGUGUUGGCAGAAAACAGAAAAAGGAAGGCAUUUAUUUCCUCCGCAGACGCGCAAAGCUGUCACACUCGGAUCAUCUGGCAGUGGUACAUUAAAGAACAUUCCACUGUCAUUGCUCCAAAAAGCACGCUUCAAACGUUCUGAAAAUCACCUGUGCAGCCCAUAAGUGGGUAACACCACGGUCCCUUGGUAAUAUACUGAAAUAAAUUAUCGACAACGUUUCUCUUUGAACUUAGGGGCGCGGCUGCUACAUGCGUAUGUGUGUUUGUAUUUUUUUACGCAUCGGCAUCAAGUUCCACAAGUUCAACAACUCUGCUAUCAAUUUUCAAAACAACAAUAACGUUACAAAAUUUGUUCCAGAUUACAGAAUUCUAAACCAGAGGAUGUGAAAGCAGCCAUAGUGACAGUUACGGAUACUACAAUAUUUUUGCAACUCAGUUGAUUAAUUAGUGCAACUCAAUUUGGCACACAUGAUGUCAUGGGCAUGCACAAUUUCAGCGACAGCAGCACCAGGAAUUCCCAAGCAGCACAGCAUGUUGGUCCAAUAUUGGACCAAUCUUGGCAAUACUGGCCCAAUAUUGGUCCAAUCUGGGUCCAAUAUUGGACCAAUAUUUGCAAUACUGGCCCAAUCUUGGUCCAAUAUUGGGCCAAGAUGUUGUGCUGCUUGGUAAGGUUUAUUCUACUCGUUGGAUAGACAGGGUUUUGCACUCUGCACGUGCUGGGCAUGAAAUCAAAAGACUUUGUCCCGUCUUCGUGUAUGUCCCCUGAGCAGCAGACCCCUUUCUCUGGCUCCCCUUUAUCUUCAACCUUAAAUGGUAUAGCAUUUUUCUCGUUCAUCCCAAAGCUAAAUUCUUCUGUAGGAAACUUUGUAUAAUGAAACUCGCAUAGAAGGAUAUCGACAGAAAUCACAAAGAUGGUUGCAGUGCUCAUGCAUUGUGCUAAACUAAUUACUCAUAACAGGAAUAUCAUUAUAAUGAAUUGUAAACAUAUUCAUCGAAAGCAGAGUACUUAUUACUGGAAAGCGUUUUUAUGAAUGUGCUAUUUGUCGGAAUAUACAUUAAAAUAUCUAAUACAAAAUUGUUACGUAGAUGCAUAUUGGGUUCUAAAUGACUUGUUUGUCUUCUGUCAAAAGCAUGACACAUAUCGCAUUACACAAGCAACCUGAUAAAAAGUUGUCGACAGGUACGGUUUAGAAGUGACAAGGUACAACACUUCAAAAUAUUCCUUUGAAUUUGAAUGUGUUCGCAUAAAUUUUCACAAUCCACUUCGUUCCACAUAUUCCAAAUAUUCCACAUAUUCGAAAUGAGCAUCUUAAGUUGUGGUCGUUAAGUAGGCAAGGCACUGCUCUAACGAGUCUACAACGCAGGAUUCUCAAAAUUACAAGCACUGUUAUUUUCAACAGACUCCUUAAAGCUAAGUGAUCGUAAUAAAAAUGGCAAUUACGUACGGGAUCAUUCUAAACGGGUUUCAUUACAAAACACUGUCCAAUCUCACAUGUGCUAUGUGUUGUUGCACGUUGGAGAGUGUUCCAUGACUGUCCACGGCUUCUCAUGUGCUGUUUUUGCUUCUGCUUCUUUUCUUCCAUUCCCCUAGUAUCUCAAGGGACGCCCGAUUGCACUCGCCCAUUGUAAUAAUUCUCUCCAUGUGCCAUUCCAAGCUCCUUCCUUCCCCCAAUCGUUUUUUAUGAGUGUCAUUUUUCUUAGAACAGCGUUCAUAUAAAUGCAUAAUAAUAACAAAUAAUAUACAUAGACGAGCGUGAAUAGCACUGUUACUAGGUCUUCUCUUGUAAUACUACCUUAACUCUCUCAUUGUCUUUACUUCGAGUAAAGUAUACGAGUACAAAUACCGCUCCCAAGUGUGAUCCGUGCGCUCGAAAAGUACGAAGAGAAAAAAAAAAAAAAACUCGUUUCGCAAACUUUUUCGAGCUGCGCAAAAACCCGGUGUGUUUUUCAGAGAACGAGGACUAUUUUCCUUGUGCGUCUUCGUGCCGAUACAGAGUCUUUAAAUUUUAGAGUCGCUUUUUUUUUUCUUUUUCUUCUUCACUUUGGUCGUAGCGUUUGUGCCAGUUUGGCAAAUAGAUUUUCUACCCUGGAUGAUAUGUCAUCCAGUUGAUUCAUAUUUCCCGCAUCACGUUAGCAUGCAAAGCUGUUUUUUAAAGAAUCUCUGUCACCACUUAGUGAAUUGAAACUGUCAUCGUUUUAAAGAGUUCCAGCAUUGUCUCUCCCACACUAUCUGGUUGAGAAUGCCGAUCACACAAUUCUUUGAGCCCUGAAAGGUCUAGGGCUUUGGCUUCUGCAAGCUGAACAAGUGUAUACUCAGUUACGUAGCGCACGUUUCAUCGCAUGAGCUGCUUUCACGUGGGGUUUGUUUUCAACCACUCCCAGAAACUGUUCGGAUGCAUUCCGAAGCGUGCCGUAGCAGACGACAUGGUGGCUUCAUUUGGGUGAAUUUUAUUUCGAAAAGAGUUCUUAUACCAGUUCAGGCAAUGCCACUUAAAGCUUGGUCGAUUCCUCCUCUCCCUCGUUCAGGACGUCACAGAUCGAGUCCGUGGACUUUAUCCAGCAUGCUUUUCGCGAUCGUAGCCAUGGAAACAGUGUAGCUGCUCGUAAUAGCAGGCGUUGUACGUUUCAUAUUUUCUACGGCAACAUGCUGAAGCAGACAACUUCAAAAUCGGCUGCAUCUCACGUUGCUGGGAUCCUGCCACAUUACAUUUCUUUUUCUUUUUUUUUUAAGAAGCUGCUGGAACUCUUUAAAAUGUUACAAAAUGUUGCAAUGUUACAAGAAACGUUUCUUUUUAUCUGUUUUGAUGUAAACGAUCUAGUCAGAAAAAAAAAGCUUGCAAGUUGUGAUCUGUUAUAAGACAUACACGGGUAAUUUGCGUACAGAGUGUCUCUUUAUAUAAUUACCUCUGUGAGAGAUUGUAACUUAUAUUAGUCACACUGUGCAUUUCCUGUAAGUUUUGCAUCAUUCCUUGCUUCUUGUUUUCUUGCUACUGAAAUGGGAUGUCACAAAUGCUCAAUGAACACGGUUAAUACCCUCAAGACUCUGUUCUAGGUUUGGAGAUACUGCGUGUCAACUUAUGCACCCUUACUUUGUGGUUUGAUAUCUAUUCCUUGUGAUAACACUGUACGGGUGAUUCUUGUUAGUUCGAUCCAGUCCCUAGAAAAUGCUCUCGUUUCCGCGAGAAAAUACGUUGCGUUAACCAUCAUCAAAGGCCAAUUACAAAAUGAAGAAAUAGGAGCCUGAGAAGCAGCAUUUUUUGCCCAUGGUACUCAUCUGUCCAGGCUUUAUAUUUGAAGUGAACACAUUAUUUUGUUUUAUGAGCAAUUCUUUCAUUCGGCAUCAGUAAGCUGCCAAUACUAGUAUGUAAUGGACAUUGAGCUGCGAUGGCAUGUCAAGUGUAUAAUACCGCUCUUAAAACACAUUCAGACAUUAUAUCGCCAGGCUCAGUACUAUUGUACCCCAACGAAAUCUGUUAUGGUGAACACAUGACAUUAAUUCUUCAUCUCAAUCGAAUCGAAUCGUGAACAUCAAAUUAUCAUCUAAACAUUAUUUUCUAUGGACGGGUUGCAACAACAAAAAUCACUCCAGGUUUUUCCUUUUAAUCUCUUUGCACCCUCUCUUCCACAACAAACAGACACUAUAUAUAUAUAUAUUAAUAUACAUGUGUAUCUCUAUGAAAAAAUUUCUCUUUUUCAAUUAGCUGAGCUAAAGUGACCCUCGGCACGCCCUUGUACAUGUCUGUACCCUAGAGACAGAAGAGCGCCAAACAUAUUCACGUAACAUUUAUAGCGUGUCGUGUAUGAGUAUAUUUCGAGGGCCAUGUGCAACUAACUUUUUCUCGAGUCUUUCAAAAUGUUUACGUAGCGUUUCCCAUACAUGAGAAGAACACGAAAAAAUCAAUUCCCUCCAGACAAUUUUCGUACUUGUAUAUAUACACACGACGAGCAUAUUUCGCUUUGUUCUUCUUCUUUCCGUGUAUCGCUGAAUAGACACCUUUUUUUAUGUAGGAAUCUGCCGUUCAUGCAGAAAAAACAAACGGGAAAACAGGAAACUGGAUUUUUUUUUUUUCUGGCUGGAAGGAAAAUUAUUGUUGGGACAGGAAAUGAUGAAAAAAAUUCCUUUUUCUUAUAGAGAGAAUUUAGGAACAGAGGUGCUAAGGAGUGACUGUGGUUGGGCUGGUAUGAUGAGGGAAAUUUUGAAUAUUUGUUUCGUGUAUUUAUUUUACGGGUCUGUCGUUAUAAAAUUAAGGACAAAAAGGAACCUUAAUGACAAGAGGGGAAAAGUAGGAAACUUAUCCGCAUUACUUGACAGAAGUAACGCACUAAGCUCCAGAAACUUGACAUUCAAGAUAAAAAUGGGCAAAUAUUUGGAAACAAACUUCUCUGAAUGACACAAAAUUCUACAGCUGAACAGAUCGAAGGAUCGGAAAUUUGUUUGGGUAUAUCUAAUUUUGUGCAUUCAUCAGCAACAAGGAAGAAAAAAAGGUCCCCAAGCUGCAUCUUAAACGCAACCCCGUUUGCGUAACAGAAUUAGUCUCAAAGACAAACACCUUAUCCUUAUAUCACAUAGCACUUUGUUCUUAUGCAGUUCGUGCCUACAAACAGUAGACAGAGUCCCAACAGAUGCGAAGUACUUGUCUCUCUCCCCGUUUAGUACUAUUUACUCGACUAUAAGCCGCACCGCUUCUACGCACCUCACGACCCGUCUUAACAUCCUGCCAACAUCCAACCAACCUCCUCAGCAUGAGACCUCUGAGGAAUUACGUGCAGCAAGAAAAGCGGAAAGUCUUGUACUCGACUAAAUACAGCCCACAUCUUCCAUUUUGCUGUGCUCAGAUUUUGCGCGACAAGCACUUUUAUUUCUUCUUCUUCUUCACCGUUGCUCCCUGUUCUAUCUUGUCUCCUCUGUUCAGAGCAUUGUUGAUGUAAAUAACACUUCUAUCAGAUUCAUAACAGACAAGAUAUGAGGAGAGGCUGGCCGUCGGGAAAAAAAUAAAAAUGCAUCCCGCAGCGCCUUUGACACCCCACCCCCCCAGUGUUGUUACCGGUGAUGCUACGAGGGAGAUAUUUUUUAUUUUUGUGUAAGCCAUUUUUCUACUGUUGUUGUCAAGCGUGUGUUUGUAGCCAUUUUGUAAUUUAUGAAACCUAGACAUUACGCCAGUGUUAAUUGAAUAUAUAAUGGACCGGUGGGCCUUUUUCAUUACGUAGUAUGUCGUGGUUUGCUAUGUCGCAGGUCGUUUCCUGGAACGUUGUUCAAAAAAAUUUUUUUUUCGCCCAUCCUUUUUUACACACGCCACACACGUAUUUGAAGGGAGGUUUUUCGGAUCCCCUCUCGUCUUUCUGUUUGCCUUUCCAGUAGAGUCGUCGCGUGUUUGAGAGCUGGCAGUGUUAUAUGCAGUGGCAAUACCGUGGCAGCAAGUUGUAGAGUGCUUGUCUUUGAUUUGAUACUGAUUAUCCUGCCCCAUAUACUACAGAGAAGCCAAUCUUCUCUACCUCGUAAAGACGAAACCUAUCUUGGGGCUUUGAUUAGUGUAGCGACGUCCAUACCAGUGCUCUGUUUCAGAGACAGUUAAAAACGGAAUAAAAACCGCAGACUUCCUGUUCUGUUGAAGUAGAUGCUUUUCCAGGCAGGAUAUGUCACAACGAAGUUACUUUUCAUUGUAAUGCAGCGAUUCCUCGUAGUGACUCCGUUAUGAAAUGGCAUUGGCCUCGGUCUGAGAUGCGCGACGACUCUACCUUCCAGCAUUGAAUGUACAAAGGGAAGGGCCAGAAUGGAAACAACGUGGUCGACAAACGCAAAACAAAGGCUCAGAAGAGGCUAGUCAGUACGUUCUGUGAACACUUCAUAGGUGGAGAUGACCGUCUGUGUGCUAUUUUUCGUCUCUCUCUUAACGGAGAUUUAUCAGAAACAGAUGUUUGUAUAGCAUCAAGACCUUAUAUUGAUCUCAUCUGUUGGAUUUUGUUUGCUCCUGUACAGUUUCUAUAUAUAUUUGUGUUUUUCUGUGUAAAAUGAAACAAAAAAAAAGAAUAAAAGCCUAUUCUUCCUUUCCAUAUA